ACACACGCCCACAACUGCGCAGUGGCCACGCACCAAAUAACACGCCUCGUGUCGACCAGCUAGCGAGCGAGCGCCAAGGCACGAACGACUGCACUAGCAAGCGCAAGCGCACGCGCACGCGCCGUACGCACUGCAGUGCCAUGCCGGAAGCACCGACCACCAAGACAACCCUGCCGGCCGGCGGCUUUGGCCCCGGGGCGCACCGCGAGGCGCUCGAGUUCAUCGAGCAUGUCACGGCGAACGCCGGGAAGGUGCAGCGGCGCGUCCUCGCUGAGAUACUGACGCAGAACGCGCCGGCCGAGUACCUGCGCCGCUACGGCGUCCCGGGAGGAUCCGCCGACGCCGUCGAAGCCUUCCGCCGCGUCGUCCCGCUCGUCACCUACGAGGGCCUCCAGCCGGACAUACUCCGCAUUGCCAGCGGCGAUACCUCGCCGAUCCUCUCAGGCAAACCCAUCUCCGAGUUCCUCACGAGCUCUGGAACAUCCGGAGGGGAGAGGAAGCUGAUGCCGACCAUCGCCGACGAGCUGGACAGGAGGUCGUUGCUGUAUAGCCUGCAGAUGCCGGUGAUGAGCCAGUCGGUGCCGGGGCUGGACAAGGGCAAGGCGAUGUACCUGCUAUUCGUGAAGGCGGAGUCGCGCACACCCGGCGGGCUGGUGGCGCGGCCGGUGCUAACGAGCUACUACCGGAGCCGGCAGUUCCUGGAGCGGCCGCACGACCCCUACACCGAGUACACGAGCCCCAACGAGGCCAUCCUGUGCGUGGACUCGUACCAGAGCAUGUACACGCAGCUGCUGUGCGGCCUCGUCCACCGCGCCGACGUGCUGCGCGUCGGCGCCGUGUUCGCCUCGGGCUUCCUCCGCGCCGUCCGCUUCCUCGAGAAGCACUGGCCGCGUCUGUGCCGCGACAUCCGCACGGGCACGCUCGACCCGGAGAUCACGGACCGCGCCGUGCGCGACGCCGUCGUCGGCAGGGUACUUCGCGGCGCCAACCCGGCGCUUGCCGACGAGAUCGAGGCCGAGUGCGCGGGACCGUCAUGGGAGGGCAUCAUCCGGCGCCUGUGGCCCCGCACCAAGUACAUCGAUGUGAUCGUGACCGGGGCUAUGUCGCAGUACAUCCCGACGCUGGAGUUCUACGGCGGGGGGCUGCCUCUGGCGUGCACCAUGUACGCCUCUUCCGAGUGCUACUUCGGCCUCAACCUGAAGCCCAUGUGCAAGCCAGGCGACGUGGCAUACACGCUCAUCCCCACCAUGUGCUACUUCGAGUUCCUUCCUCUCCAGUGCAGCGACGGCAAGGCGGAGCCGAGCCACCGCGACCUGGUUGGCCUCGUGGAUGUGAAGCUCGGUCACGAGUAUGAGCUCGUGGUCACCACCUACUCCGGGUUGUAUCGGUACCGCGUGGGCGACGUGCUGAGGGUUGCCGGCUUCAAGAACGAGGCGCCGAUGUUCAAGUUCAUCAGGCGGCAGAACGUGGCGCUGAGCAUCGACUCGGACAAGACGGACGAGACGGAGCUGCACGCGGCCGUGAGCGGCGCGGUGCAGCACCUGGCGCCGUUCGGCGCGUCGCUGGUGGAGUACACCAGCUACGCCGACGCGGCGACCAUCCCGGGCCACUACGUGCUGUUCUGGGAGCUGCGCGCGGGCAGCACGGCGGUGCCGGCGUCCGUGUUCGAGGACUGCUGCCUGUCGGUAGAGGAGGCGCUCAACAGCGUGUACCGGCAGUGCCGGGCCUGCGACAAGUCCAUCGGGCCCCUGGAGAUACGCGUCGUGUCCGAGGGCACCUUCGACAAGCUCAUGGACUACGCCAUCAGCCGCGGCGCGUCCAUCAACCAGUACAAGGCGCCGCGGUGCGUGCGCCCGGGGCCCGUCGUGGAGCUGCUCGACGCAAGGGUGCAGGCCAAGUACUUCAGCCCCAAGUGCCCCAAGUGGAGUCCAGGGAACAAGCAAUGGAACGCCGCCAGCAACGGGGACGCCUGAUGAGUGACCUUUUCAGCCGGACGGAGUGACGAUGGAUGCAUGGUUUGGGUUGGUACUUACAUCAUCAGUAUAUGAAUUUUCAGAGGCAGCGAGGAAUUGAUAGUUAUGGAAUGAUGACCUAGGGUAUCUAAAUCUUUUGAUUUUUGAAUCUUUUUUCUUUAUCUCUGUAAUAUCUCCUGUGUUUCUUUCAGGUCGUGUAUUUUGCUAUGCACUUAGCUUGGUGCAUGUCAGUUACAUAUACUAAGUUACUACUUUUAUAUUAGCAAUAUAUACGGAAUGGAUUUUUCU